UCUUCUCUUCUUUGCUUUGCUCCACAAAAAAAAAAGGAAAACAUUACUACUUAGUUUGAGGCAGAAGAUGGAGAGAAGAACCUAAGUGUAACAAAUCUUUUGUUGGUGAAGAUCAGUUACAAUUUUCUGCGUUCUUUCUGAAGAUGACAACAAUAGCAGGAGGAUCAUUUGGAGCUACCAGCUCUCGUAUCUCUAUACUCACCCCAACUCUUUCAUCCUCUUCUUUGUUUCCACCACUAACGUUGCAUCAGUCAGGUAAUAGAAAGGAUAGUCAGCUGCGUUGUGCCGUGCAAGAGUCUUCCACUUCUGCUGUUGCUACUGAGAAGAAAGAAAAAGGAAAAGAAAAAGAAGACUCAACAGUGGAAGUUCCAGCAAAGAAACCAAAACCGGCAGCUGCCAAGGCAGCCGUGGCAAAACCACUGGGAGAAAUGAUGGAAGAAGACGUGAUUCCUCAACUAAAAGCAAUUCUUGAAGCUCAAGAUGAUAUAUCUGAGAUUGAUUUAUCUUUCCAAGACGAUAAGCUUGAGGGUUUUUUCUUCAAGAAAGGUAUUCAAUAUUCCUUCUGGGCCUUCUUCCCCAGUGGUAAUCUCACAGGAGCAAAGGGCUUUUCAAUCUCCUCAUACGGAUCAGGUCCAAGUACCGUAGAGCCGUUUCUAGUCGACGAGAGGAAACCAACUGCAAACCACGUUGUGUUUUGGGUCGAGAAGCGCCUUGCUGCACAAGGGAUUAUUCCCGUCUGGAACCAAUAAUGUAAAGGAGGUUGUGUUUUUUUAUUCACUUGUUUAUAACAAACAAUUACAUUUCGUAUACCAAAACUGAAGAAAAUCAAAGUCUUCGUAUC